ACCCGAGUCCCACUUUGUUCUCCCCUCCGCGAACGGUACCAUUAUUGAGAGGGAAUUGAGAAGAGAAAGUACCAAUGUUACCACUGUGAUGGGGGGAGGAAGCUGAAGCCACUCGCUGCGUCCUACUUAAAAUCUUAAUUCUCACUUUAUUGGGUCUGAGAGAAUUCGACGUUAGGAAGCGAAAGAGGAGGGACUUUAUAAACAUAGACUAUUUGGUUUUAAAAGGUCUUUCUUUCCCUAAAAUUUCGAAUGGUAUGUCCUAGUCUGCUCUGCUUUCGCUGCAGGGAGCUUGAGCCACCUGGGGGCGUUCGUAGUCGAAAAGCUCGGGGACGCGAAGUCGUGACCAGCUCUGGUACCUGACCGCCUCCGGGUUUGUUAUAACCGCCUUGCGGAGUGGAAGACAAGAAGAUACUGGAACAAAAGUGUGCGUUAAGAUGAAUCACACACGAACCUGACCCUAAGAACGUGGCGGGGCGGGGGCCUUGAGCUUCGCUUUUCAGCUCUAUAGUAACCGCAAAUUCUUGAUUGUUAGGCACCUUACUUACAUCAUCUCAUCUGGUUCUCACAACCGACUGAUGAAAUCUUUUCUGCACGUUGCAGAUAAGAAGAUAGAAUUCGCUUGCCUUAGGUCGUACAGUCAGUAAACCGCCAAGGUGGGAUUUGAAGCCUGGUAGCCUGACACCGUUGCCUGUGGGUUGAAACCAUCAUGCUGUUCAGCGUAGAGGUGCCUAGGUUCUAUAGUAGGAAAGGGGGCUGGGACAACUCAGAGAGCCAGCAAGGACAUUUUCUGGGAGAGCAUGACAUUUGAGCUAAAUCCUAGGUGAUGAGAAGUUGACCACGUGAAAAAGUGGGCAAAAGGGCUUUCCAGACCAGUUGUAGAACAAGUAAUUCAGUAUGUUUGGAAUAUUGAUUCUCGUGGGAGAGUGGUAGGAGAUGAUGCUGAAAAGUAGAGGGCUCAAUAGCUGGAGCCUUGUCAUUAGGGUUUGUGCUUUAUCUUAAGGGCAAUGGGAACCACUCAUCAGAGGAGUUUAAAGGAGAACAGUAAGAUCAGAUUUGUAUUUUCUGGCCGUGGAGUGAGGAGUGCAUGGAGAUGAGUGGUGCUUAAAAGCAGGUAGUCCCAGCUACUUAGGAGGCUGAGGCGGGAGGAUUCCUUGAGCCCAGGAGUUCAAGGCUACAGUGAGCUAUGAUUGCAUCACUGCACUACAGUCUGGGCAACAGAGCGAGACCCCAUCUCUUAAAAAAAGCAGGGAGACCAAUUAGGUGGCCAAGGCAGUAGUGCUGGUGAAAGAUCAUAGUGCCCCGGACUUAAGUAGUAGCUGUGGAAAUAAAUGCAGGUUAAGUGAAGAGAUUCCAGAGAUCCUUAGGGGUAGACUGCACAAGAGCUGGUGAUCAAUUUGGGUGGGAGGGGCUAGCAGAGAAAGAGAGAGGAGUCUGGAGUGAAUUCUAGGUUUCCUUGCUUAGACAAGUGGCCCAGUGGUGGUGUCAUUCACUGUGUCAUUCACAAGAGGAGGAGCAGGUUGUAAUGGGGGUGGAAAGGUAAGUUCGGAAUUAAUGCCUUCAGGUCAGAAAAAAGGCAUGAGGUCAUCUCUCAUUAUACUAGCUAUAAUUGUGCCCUCAACUCUAGAUAGAGAGGGUCACAGAGCCCUUUAGUCAGGUUCAAACAAGCAAGGCUGCAAGACUAAAGUAAUAAAAAUUAUUUUAUGACUAAGAGCCAUUUAACUGUUCGAGUAUAUAUAAAGAGAUAGAGGAAAGCAACCCAGAGGAGGAGAUAGGCAUGUGCAAUAGCAGGAGACAAUUAGGUUGCAGGGGGAGAAAGGGCUCUUAGAUGCUCUCUAGAGGAAGCUAGAGGGUGGGUCUUUUAAAAUCUUUUUUAAGAAUUUUUUUUAAGAAUGAAAUACAGAAAUGUUGUAUUUCAUGUUGAAUGAAAUACAGAUCAAUGUUGCCCAUUGAUACAGAUCAAUGUUGCCCUGUAUUUCAUGUUGAAUGAAAUACAGAUCAAUGUUGCCCAUCAUUGAUCCUUAAGUUUGUACCGCCAUUUAUUCAUUCAUUCUUCACUCAACUGCCACAUCUGGAAGUCUACUAUGUGUCAGGCCCUGGAGGUAUUGAAAUAGGAAGGAUGACCCUUGCUCUCCAGGAACUCCAGUCUCAUAACAAGACAGUACCAACCUGUGAUUUCAAUCAGCUGCUGAAUGUGCUAGGAUUCGAGGAUGCAGAUGGUGCUCUGAAAACACAAAAGAAGAGCAGCUCACCCACAUGAAGGAUGGAGGGUAUCAAGGAAGGCUUCCUGCAGCAGGUGCCUCCUAAACUGAGUUAUGAAGAAAGAACAGGAAUUCGCCAGCAAGGUUAUACCAGGAACAUCAUGCUCCAGGUAGAAAGGGCUGUAUUUGCAAAGACCAGGAGAAAACAAAGUUCUGGGAAUUGCCAGUAAUUCAGUCUGGCUGGUCUGUGGAGUUGCAGGGAUGGGAAAUUGUGGUAAGUGGCAUGAAAGAAGUAGGCAGAAGCCACAUCCUGAAGAGCCUUGUGUGCUUUUGGAGGAGUUUGGACAUUAAAUUAAAGACAAUGGGGAACUUCAGAGGUAUUUAAUCAAAGGACUGACAUUGAUUUCUGAUAUCCAUUAUCUCUUUUAGUCUUCUAGACAGACUUGUGAAAUAGGUAUUGCUGUUAUUCACAUUUUGUAGAUAAGGACACUGAAGCUCAGGAAGGUGAGAUUCUUUAGCAAGUUCAUACAGGCCUUUGGAUCAAGCUCACUGUCUUUUCACAGUGUCCCUGACCUCUGAAAGUUGCAAGAGAGACCUCCUCCUUGGUCUGCUUGGCUCUGGAGCUUCCUUCCAAUGGGCCUUCUCCGCCACACCCUGACUCACAGAUUGACUCCUGUGCCCUCCUCUCUUCCAGGCUUUUGCUUGGAAAUGAUUCCACUGGGAAUGAUUAUCUACAACAAGCUUUAAUUGUCACCCAGUCAUUCUUCCUGCUACAAGAUCCUCCUCCCUCUACGUCCAACUAUCCUGGCCUCAAUCUGCAUAUUUAGGGAAGACAGCAGUGCGUUCAGAGAGCAAGAGUGACUGGCCCAAGACCACACAGCCAGCAGGUGGCUGAGGCAGGAUUCCCACGGCUACCAAAAAAGCAGAUCUGGAACUCAGACCCGGUUCUUCUGACCCCAGCCCAGGGCUCGUCUCACACUCCAGGGCCAGGCUCCCCGCCUGACCGAAGCAAUCGGCGGCCCUCAGGCAUUCCUGGAGAAGUAUGGAUACCUCAGUGAACAGGGGCCCAAAGCGCCCACCUCCACUCGAUUCAGCAGUGCCAUCAGAGAGUUUCAGUGGGUGUCCCAGCUACCUGUCAGCGGUGUGCUGGACCGAGCCACCCUGCGCCAGAUGACUCGGCCCCGCUGCGGGGUUGCAGACACUGACAGUCAUGUGGCCUGGACUGAGAGGAUCAGUGCCCUGUUUGCUGGACGCCGGGCCAAAAUGAGACGUAAGAAACGCUUUGCAAAGCAAGGCAGCAAAUGGUACAAGCAGCACCUCUCCUACCGCCUGGUGAACUGGCCCGAGCGCCUGCCCGAGCCGGCAGUUCGGGGGGCCGUGCGAGCCGCCUUCCAGCUGUGGAGCAACGUCUCGGCGCUGGAGUUCUGGGAGGCCCCAGCCACAGGCCCUGCUGACAUCCGCCUCACCUUCUUCCAAGGGGACCACAACGACGGGCUGAGCAACGCCUUUGAUGGCCCAGGGGGCGCCCUGGCGCACGCCUUCCUGCCCCGCCGCGGCGAAGCGCACUUCGACGGCGACGAGCGCUGGUCCCUGAGCCGCCGCCGCGGGCGCAACCUGUUCGUGGUGCUGGCGCACGAGAUCGGCCACACGCUCGGCCUCACGCACUCGCCGGCGCCGCGCGCGCUCAUGGCGCCCUACUACAAGCGGCUGGGCCGCGACGCGCUGCUCAGCUGGGACGACGUGCUGGCCGUGCAGCGCCUGUACGGGAAGCCCCUGGGGCGCUCAGUGGCCAUCCAGCUCCCAGGAAAGCUGUUCACUGACUUUGAGGCCUGGGACCCCCACAGCCCCCAGGGCAGGCGCCCUGAAACCCAGGGCCCUAAAUACUGCCACUCUUCCUUCGAUGCCAUCACUGCAGACGGGCAACAGCGACUGUACAUUUUUAAAGGGAGCUACUUCUGGGAGGUGGCAGCCGAUGGCAACGUCUCGGAGCCUCGCCCGCUACAGGAGAGGUGGGUGGGGCUGCCCCCCAACAUUGAGGCUGCCGCAGUGUCACUGGAGGAUGGAGAUUUCUACUUCUUCAAAGGGAGCCGAUGCUGGAGGUUCCGGGGCCCCAAGCCCGUGUGGGGUUUCCCGCAGCUGUGCCGGGCAGGGGGCCUGCCCCGCCAUCCGGACGCCGCCCUCUUCUUCCCUCCUCUGCGCCGCCUCAUCCUCUUCAAGGGUGCCCGCUACUACGUGCUGGUCCGAGGGGGGCUGCAGGUGGAGCCCUACUACCCUCGCAGUCUGCAGGACUGGGGCGGGGUCCCUGAGGAGGUCAGCGGUGCCCUGCCAAGGCCUGAUGGCUCCAUCGUCUUCUUCAGAGACGACCGCUACUGGCACCUCGACCAGACCAAACUGCGGGUGACCACCUCAGGCCGCUGGGCCACUGAGCUGCCCUGGAUGGGCUGCUGGCAUGCGAACUCGGGGGGCGCCCUGUUCUGAAGGCACCUCCCCACCCGAUGUACUCUUGGUGCCCUCAGAGCCAACACGUUUCCCCUGCCCCAGGGGCAGAACCUGGCUCGGAAGCCUCUGAGCCCCCCUGCAGGAGACCAGGCAGCAAAGCCUCCACCGGGAACUUCGUCUGCCCGUGUUCCCCCCACAUAGAGGUGGGGGUGGGAUCCAUUCCAGGAGAAGCAAAAAGGACCACAGACCCCUCGGUCCUUUCCUCCAAAGACCUCUUUCCUCCCCAGAGGAAGGAAGGGGAUGCUUGUUUCUUGGGGAUUUUGUUUCUUCUGCUGAAGGUACAGUGUAUUCAAGAGGCAGCAGCACAGCACUGGGAUCCAACCAGAGGGAUGCAAACCUCAACAGAGAGGUUGGCGACUAUUUUGCAAGACUGUCCCCUUCUAGUCAGGGUCUCCUGACUCAGUUCUUGGAAGCUUGUGUCAUAUUUAAAGAGGAAGCUUGGUUGGGGAUGAGGACACGGCGUCUCCAACCUCAGAGGCCCUUGGUGGGGUCAGGACUCAGAGCAGGAGGGAGACUGAAGCAGGCCUGCUGGGCCCUGGCUUUUUGUCUGUGGCUGGAAUAAAGAGGCACCUCCAGCUGG